AUGUUAGCGAGACUAGAAGAUGGCUGUGGAGAGCAGAUGGUGAUGCCUGGCAGCAAAAGAACUGUGGAGGUGGAUGAGGUGGAGGAUCUGUCCCAACUGGAAGAGGUGUGUGAGAGCUCUGUGCUUCUGAAUCUGAAGAAGAGGUUCCAACGUGACUGUAUUUAUACUUACAUUGGAAACAUGCUGCUGUCCAUUAACCCCUUCAAGCCCCUUAACAUCUACACAGAGGAGCUGAGACAGAAAUACCAGGGCAAAGAGCAGCAGAGAAACCCACCCCAUAUGUAUGCCAUAGCCGAUGUCGCUUUCAGUCAGUCUCAAGCCUCCACACAGGAGCAGUGCAUCAUCAUAAGUGGCCAGAGUGGUUCAGGAAAGACUGAAGCUACUAAGCUGAUAGUCCACUACCUCAGCUCUAUGUAUCAGGGCAGAAACGACAACCUGCGACAGCCCAUGGAGGUCUUUCCCAUCCUGGAGAGUUUUGGGAAUGCCAAGACCAUUCUCAACAACAACUCCAGCCGCUUUGGCAAGUACCUCCAUAUCCACAUUCUCCAUGGGGUUGUUGUAGGGACCUCGCUGUCCAAAUAUCUCCUUGAGAAAUCCAGGGUUGUCUUUCAGGCCAAUGAGGAGAGGAACUACCAUGUGUUCUAUGAGCUGCUGGCAGGUAUGAACGACUGGGACAAACAGGAGCUCUACCUGCAAGGAGCCGAGACCUAUUACUACCUUAACCAAGGUGGUGCCUGUGAAUUGAAGGGGAAGCAGGACAAGCAGGACUUCCAGCUUUUGGUUCAGUGCUUUGAGACCAUUGGUCUGCAUGCUGACCAGAUCUCCACCAUCUGGGCCAUCCUCUCCUCUAUCCUGCAGCUCGGCAAUGUCUGCUUCAGCUCCUAUGAGAGCGAGUCAUUUGAGGUGGCUCGAAUCUUCAGCGAGGCUGAGGUCAGGAGGGUUGGCUCCUUGUUGCAGAUUUCCUCUGAGGCCCUGCAGACUGUCAUCACUCACAGAGUCACGGAGACAACCUAUGACAGGAUAUACUGCCCUCUGUCUGUGGAAAGUGCCAUAGAAUACAGAGAUGCCAUUGCCAAAGCCUUAUACUCAGUGCUGUUUGACUGGUUGUUAGAGCAGAUCAAUGACUGGCUGAGCCCCACAGAGAUGGACAGCACAGUGGGCAUAGUCGACAUUUACGGGUUUGAGGACCUGGGAGUGAACAGCUUUGAGCAGCUGUGUAUCAACUUUGCCAAUGAGCAGCUGCAGCACUUUGUCACCAAGGCAGUGAUCUCCCAGGAGCAGGAGGAGUAUAGUGCAGAGCAGAUCCAGUGGUAUCCGAUGCCAAUCAAGAACUUCCACUCCUGUCUGGAGCUGAUCUCCUCCAGACCACACGGCAUUCUCCGCAUACUGGACGAUCAGACCUGCCUCCCGCAGGCCACUGACCACACCUUCCUCCAGAAGUGCCACUACCACCAUGGGAACAGCCCCUACUAUGCCAAGCCCAAGAACCCAAUGCCAGUCUUCACUGUCUAUCACUAUGCUGGAGCUGUCACUUAUCAGGUUCAUAAUUUCCUGAAUAAGAACCACGACCAGUUCAGGACAGAAGUGGUGGAGCUUUUUGCCAGGAGUCGCUUAAAGAUGGUGUCGGAGCUGUUCCGCAAGGUUCAGGAUGCUUACAUUCAGCAGAGAGAGCUGGGCUGGAGAGGGAGGGGCCUCCGCCAGCAGCCCUCUACCGCUGCCUCACACUUCCUUCAGUCCCUGACUGAACUCACCACCCGUCUGGAGAGAUGCAAAACUACUUUUAUUCGUUGUCUGAAGCCAAACUACGUCAAGCUUCCUGGGAUCUUUGAUGUAGACUAUGUGUCGGCCCAGCUAAGGCAUGCUGGGAUGAUGGAGACCAUCCACAUCAGGAAAGAGGGUUUCCCUGUACGGAUACAGUACUCUUACUUCAUGGAAAGAUACGGGGUGCUGCUGAGCCAGCGGUUGCCCGAGGUGUCAGACAGAGAGCAGUCAGUGGUUCUGCUGGACAUGGUUGGUGCAGAGGAGGGACAGUACCAGCUGGGACUCACCAAGCUGUUCCUCAAGGAGCUUCUGUACCAGCAGCUGGAGGAGAAGUGGAGCAGCACCCAGACCUGGGCUGCCAUCACCAUCCAGAGGAACAUCAGAGGCUUCCUCUGCAGGAGGAACUUCAGGUUCUUCAAACAGAAAGCCAUCAUCAUCCAGAGCCACAUCAGAGGACACCAGGCCAGGAAGUACUACAAGCGUCUGAGGCAGUCCUUCACUCAGUUCUGGGCGGUGAUGAUGAUAACCAGGGACACCAUCAAGAGACGCCACUGGAGGAAGGAAUUUCACGAGAAGAACAAAGUGAAGGCAGUGACAAAGACUAAGUCUGUCUCUCCAGCAAUGGAUGUGGGGAUGUUGGAGAUCCCUGCUGAACUGUCAGCCAGACUCCGCAGUGCAGCAGGGCAGCAGCAUGGGUCAGGGGUCACAGAGGUGGCACCUCCACAGGUGAAGGCAGAACACAAGCUCACCCUGCCUCAGGAUAUCGACAGAUACCCAUUCUCUCGCUAUGCCAAGUCCAUCUUAAAGGACACAUGGUGCCAGCCUCAGGAAUACCCCCUCCAGAGAUCCCUCACCCCUCUGGAGCCUGAAGAUGCCAGAACUGCCCUAGAGAUUUACAAAUUGAUCAUGCGGUUUACAGGUGAGUCAGACCUCAGCGGCUGGCAGGAGCAGAUGCUGGGUAACUACAUAGUGGAGAGGGGUCAGAGCCGCCCGGCUUUGAGGGACGAGAUCCUUGCCCAGCUGGUUUAUCACACAUGGGGCCUGCAGGAGGAGCAGCACAGUCUGAGGGGCUGGCUCCUGCUGGCCUGCUGCCUCAGUGCAUUCACCCCCUCACCAACACUGGACAAACCCCUACUCAAGUAUGUGUCUGACCAAGGUCCAGGGGAAUACCGCUCACUGUGCCAACAUAAACUGCUGACAUCUCUGCAGCUCCCAGCGCCCACUGCCCGCAUCUACCCCCCCACCCAGCUGGAGUGGACCAGCAACCAGAGAAAGGGCACCAUGCUGCUGGACGUACACACAUUCAACGAUGAGAAGCUGACAACUGAAGUGGAGUCAUGGACCACAGGAGAGCAGCUGGCCUCAUGGCUUCUUCAUUUCAGAGGUGUGUCAGAGGCUGUGCAGGGCUGGUCGGUGUCUCUCCUGACCGAUGACGGCUGGUCAGAUCUGGCUGGCUCGGACUUUGUUAUGGAUCUUCUGGCUGGAGCUGAAGCUGAAGUGCUGCCACCACCAGGGACCCCCUCCUCUACAAACUCUGACUACCUGUUCGGCAGCCAGGGAGACAGGAUGCCAUUUACAGAUCUGGAUGACUUCAUUCCACCAGCACCUCCCAUGCAAGCUCCUGGGCUGCCUCCUUUUGAGGGAAACCCCUGGGGAAAAGCUUAUCCACAGGAAGGCCGUGGUCGACAGAUCGAUGCAUAUGUUGAUGACUUGUUUGACCCUGUACUGGACCAAGGACCUCCGGACAUGGAAAGAGUAGCCAUGCUAAACAGCAGGAUGAAAGGAGGAGGAGGGAUUGGACCCAUGUAUGGAACUGGUAUGCCCAUGACAAUGCCAAGCUAUCCUAUGGGAAUGCCAGUAAACCCUGCAAUGCCCAGCUUUGGUGCAACUCCCAUGAUGCCAACCAUGCCAGCCAUGCCAACCAUGCCAACAAUGCCAGCCAUGAUGAUGCCUCAGACUCCCAUGGCUGACCCCAUGCAGAUGGCAGCAUCACAGCAGGCCCUCAUCAACCAACAGGCCUUUCUCAUGGCCCAGCAGAUGACCCUGCAGGCGAUGAGUUUGUCCCAGCAGCAGACGCAGGAGCAGCAGAGGAAGCUGCAGGAGCAGGAGAAAAAGCAGGAAGAGGAUAGGCAGCGGAGACGUCGUUUCGAGCCACGGCCCAAGGAACGCUCACCCUCCCCUUCCCCUCGAUCUCCCUCACCCCCACCUGCUCGUCCCAAAGCAUUGGCACCUAAACGCACCUCCACCCGCAGACAGCCUGAGCCAGAGCCAGAAAGAGAAGUGGACUUACCAGAUCCAGAUGACCUUCAGUCUUUCAGAGACAAGCAGGAAUACUUCAAAAAGAUUGGCUUUCAGCCCCAAGGUGGAUCAAAACCCCAAAUGCCUCAGCCAGCCCCCUCCAGCCCACCCAGACAGCAGCAACACUCCCCGCCAUUACCCCCACCUACAGCACCUAAGCCUCCUGUGAAGCGUCUCAACACCCCUCCUGCCAGAAAAGUGGAGCCCCCAAAACCAAUACCUACUCCAACUCCUCUCACUGAGCCUAAGCCUGAACCCACCUCCAGCAUUCGGGAUAUCAUCAAACAGUUUAACAGCCGACCCCAACCAGAAGCCAAACCCUUUGAGCCUGUCAGACCUCUGUCACGGAAUUUUAUAAAGAAGAAUGAUCCCAAAGAGGAAGCUCUGGCCAAACUCAGAAACAAAGCUCCAGUGCCACAACAACAGAAACAGUGGGUGCCUCCACCAGUAAAACCUAAGAGGCAGCAACCUCCUCCCAGGACUCCAUCCCCACAGCCCUCUCCUCCCUCCACCAGGGGGCCCCGGGUCAUCUCCAACAGCAUGAGGCAGAAACAGCGCUCCCUGGAGGACCUGUUUGGCUCGCAGCGCUCCAUGAACCAUCCGCCUCCUCCCCCAGACUCCCCACCACCACCUCUGCAAACAACACCCAUCCUUCAGGACAUCCCAGACCCACCACCCAUGGCUGCCCCAUCUCUCGCUGUGAUGCUAGAUGUGGAUGGCAUUCACUCCCAGCUCCUCCGCUUCUCUGCUGGGGUUUACUUCUCUUACUCCAACAUGCCGGGAAAACUCUUCCUGAGGAAAGAAGUGUUUUACCCCAGAGAGAUGUUCAACCGGCCCUACAUCCUCAAUCUGUUAUGUGAGCAGAUUAUGAGGGACACCUACUCUGACAGCUGUGUGAGGAUUAGCAGAGAGGAAAGGAGGAAGAUGAAGGACCUGCUGGCUAAUUUCAAUGUGGGAAUGACUAUAAGCACCAUCCAGAAUGACAAUAUGAAGAAGAGGAUUGUCAUUGCUGCUCGAGACAACUGGGAAAACUACUUUACCCGCCUGUUCCCUGUGAAGCCAGACACUGGGGAUUCUCAGGUCUUGGGUGUGUGUCAUCGUGGCAUUCGUCUCCUGAAGAUGGUCAGAGCAUCAGGCAUCAACCCCAAACACCUGCGUCCACUCAGAAGCUACAGUUUUGCAGAGUUGCUGUCAGUUGAGCUCCAGGGUGCAGACAAAGUGGAGCUGGAGCUGAAGAAUGAGAAGUUGGUGCUGCAGUCUUCCAGAGCUCCUCAGAUGACUGCCAUGAUCCGAUUCUUCCUCCAGGAGCUCAUCAGGGACUCAGGCCAUGUGGUUGCCCUGAAGAGUUACAUGACAGAUGACAAAAGUCUACUCAGCUUCAGUAAGGGUGAUGUCAUCAAACUGCUGCCAAUGGAAGGACAACAGGCAGGCUGGUGUUUUGGCACCUUGGGAGGGCGUUCUGGUCUUUUCCCAGAGGACUUCACCCAGCCAUCUGCUGCCCCAGACUACCACUGUCUACACCUUGACCGAAGAGAUGACAGGAGGAAAAGCAUGAGGGGUGCUACAUCUGUCAGUGCACCCAAGGGCCCGUCUCCAGGUCCCAUCAGCAAAGAGGCCACAGUCCCCGGAUCAGGCCAGAGGUCAAGCCAAGCCUCAAUUCAGGGCUCAGUCCAUGAGUUGGAGAUCCUGUCGGGUAUGACCGAGUUUGCCAUCAAGUACUUCAGAGUGGGGACCACAGGUGUGCCAGCAAGUGGAAGGAAUUUUUCAGAGGCGGUUCAACACACAGAGAGUCUCAUACAGGAGUCCCUAAUUCUCUACAAUGAUCCUGAAAUCAAUGAUUUAUCUGUCCAGUGCUUCAUGAACCUGAUGCAGUUCAUGGGUGACAUGCCAAUGAAGAAGAAUAACACCCAGUCAGACUGUCUGAGCGACAUCUUACUGUUAGGGAAUGAGAAAGAGCUGCUGAGAGAUGAAAUCUACUGCCAGGUCAUCAAGCAAACCACCAACAACCCAACAAAAUCUAGCUGUACUCUCGGCUGGCGGCUGCUCAACCUGGUGACCGGGUUCUUCCCUUGCUCUGGUACUCUGCAGCCCUAUGUCACACGUCACCUACACGACAUCUCUCAGGACUACGAGCACCCAUACCAAGAGCUGGCGUGUGUGUGUAAGAAUAACCUUCAGCAAUCUCUCAGUUUUGGCGGUCGCCGUAACAUCCCCUCACAAAUAGAGAUGGAGGCCAUUCUGGCCGGCAAAACUUCUCGCCGUAUUCCUAUCAAGCUGCCAGGAGGGGUGGAUUUCCCCAUCAAGAUACGCAGCUUCAGUAUGGCAGCAGAGGUGGUAACAGAGUUCUGUAAAGAAAUGGGAAUCUCAGAUCUCACAGAAAUCAGAGAGUUCUCCAUCGUUGCCAUCCGAAGUCACGAUGGGAUGGUGCGUCCACUCCAUAGUGAGGAGUAUCUGUUCGACUUCCUGCUGGAUGAUGGCUCCAUCUCCUUCUCCCUGCGAAGAGUGAUGUGGAGAAGCCCUCUGUCCUUUAACAGUGACCUCUAUGUGGAGUUCCACUACCAGCAGCUCCUGGGUGACUACCUGAGUGGGCGGCUGAUUUUUGCUCCAGCUCCGGGUGGUUCCUCAUCAGUCCAGCAGAUAGCAGAGCUGUCAGCCCUGCAGCAUCUGGCUCAGGGACUGAACGAUCAGCCCUCACUGCCAGAGAUUAAGGAGUACCUGCCCUCACAGGACGGGCUCAGCAGUAAAGUCGAAGAGAUCCACUCCUUCUGUCUGGGCCAGAUAGCUGCCAUGCACUCCCUCAGCCCUCAAGACGCCAAAAUACAAUUCAUUGAGUUCCUGAGCACCCUGCCUCUGUUUGGCUCCAGCACUUUCUUGGCCAAGAAGGUCAGUCAACGCGGCUGUCCCUCCCCAUGCAUGGUCAACAUUAGCCAGGAGGGGGUGCUGUUCCUUCACCCCAAAACACAGGAGCGAGUGUUUCUGAUUCCUCUGGCAGAUGUGCAGUCCAUGCGCACCAUCCGCCCCAAGAAACAAAGCAAAGUGCCAUCUAUGGAUAUCGACUAUGGCAAUCCAAGCCGACCCAAAAAAGUCACCAUUCAUCUCAAAGAGGCUAAGGAGUUGUGCCACAUCCUUGCUCUGAUAAUAGAAGAGCUGAUCCGGCCAUCAGUCACCAGCUCCAUUUCAAAUCGGCAGUAGACAGACAGACAGACAGACAGACAGACAGACAGACAGACACACACACACACACACACACACAAUAUUGACGUUUUUUGUUGAUCACUGUCUUCUUUAACCAACUUUGUGUUUACCAUUUUUUGUUAAUUUAUCUUUUUCUCUGUGUAACUUCAUGGAUCGUGUGUCACUGAUAAAAUAGACUGAAUAGAAACAUGCAUAUGCACACACAAUGUUGAACGUCUCUGCGGUGUUAUGUUAUCUGAGAGGAAAUGAGCUGACAUAAUUACUCAUCUGAUCAAAGAACAGAAAUGAAUGCAGGAAAGAUUCAAGUCAUUUACCCGUCAUUAUUAUUAUAUGAAUAAACCAAUGCCUUAAAGUGAUUCUUUUUGUGCAUUAAAAUUCUAUGACAUAAUCGCUGAAAUGUAAAGUUUGCUAAUCAGUACUGGAAGUUUAUGUUUUGAUGAUGUCAUGUUAUA